ACCGUGCUGGGGGAAGAGGGCCCGGGGGGAGCUGCGUAGCGCGGGCUCCCGGGCCCCAGCUACGCGGAAGGGGGCGGGGCGGACCCCAAGAUCAGGACCCCUCCCCCGCACUCCCUUCCCCCAGGAUUAGCCCGGGUCUUGCUCCUGACCCUAAUCGCGGAACACGAGCUUGCGUUCCCAGGCCCGGCGGAGCACGUAGGCCGGAGGGGGAAGGGGCUCCCAAGGCCGCGCUCGCUUCGCGGGCCCGCUCCGGGGGAGGGUGCCCGGACAAAAGGAGCUGGCGCCUUUAAGGCGGGGAGCCCGGGAGCCCGCGGGGAGGGGACUUCUGGAUCCGGGGUAGAGGGCGGCUGCGCUGGACAGCCUGGGACGGGCGAGGACCAGGGUCCCGCGGCCCGGCGGCCGGAUCUGCCCGGGAGGUGCCCAGCGCGGGGCCCCGCGCCGCGCUCGCUGCCCGCCUCCCGCAGGGAGCCCUCGGGGGCGGCCGGGCGGGGGCCGGCCGGCAGGGGAAGCCAGUAUGUCUUGGUUUAGUGGUGUCCUGGUGCCAAAGGUAGAUGAGCGGAAGAUGGCAUGGGGUGAACGAAAUGGACAGAAGCGCCCACACCGAGGAAGCAGGGGCAGUGGCUUUUGUGGUGCCCACUACAUGAGCUGCCUCCAGGAUGCUGAGCCACCAAGCCCCACUCUUCCAGCCCCUCCACGGUGUCUGUGGCAGGAUGAUGCCUAUUCCCCAAAGGGGGGCCAAAUUGGAGGGAAGGAACUAGGGCUGAGGAGUGUGGCCCUGGACUUGGAGGACAAUGAGACAGCAACACUCAGUGGGAUGCCUGGAAGUGCAAGUUCUUGUUGGCAACAUCUGGCAAGAGUGUUUCAAUCAAAACAGUUUCGAUCAGCUAAACUGGAACGGCUCUACCAACGCUAUUUCUUCCAAAUGAACCAGAGUAGCUUGACCUUGCUAAUGGGGGUGCUGGUGCUAUUGACAGCUGUCCUUCUGGCUUUCCACGCUGCCCCUGCUCACCCUCACCCUGCCUAUGUGGCACUCCUGGCUGGGGCUGCUGCUCUCUUUGUGGCCUUGAUGGUGGUAUGUAACCGUCCUGGAUUUCACCAGGAUUCCAUGUGGGUGGUGAGCUACGUAGUGCUGGCUGUUCUGGCUGCUGUGCAGGUGGGCAUGGCUUUGGUGGCUUCUCCUCAAAGUGCCUCAGCUGGGCUGUGGUGCCCGGUGUUCUUUGUUUACAUCACUUAUACCCUGUUACCUGUCCGAAUGAGGGCAGCUGUGCUGAAUGGCCUGGGACUCUCAGUUCUCCACCUGCUUGUCACCUGGCAGCUCAACAAAGGUGACACCUUCCUCUGGAAGCAGCUCAGUGCCAACGUGCUCCUGUUCCUCUGUACCAAUAUCAUUGGCAUAUGCACGCACUAUCCAGCUGAAGUGUCUCAACGUCAGGCCUUCCAGGAGACUCGAGGCUACAUCCAGGCCCGGCUACACCUUCAGCAUGAGAACCGGCAGCAGGAGCGACUACUGCUCUCAGUCUUGCCCCAGCAUGUUGCCUUGGAGAUGAAAGAGGACAUAAACACCAAGAAAGAGGACAUGAUGUUUCAUAAGAUCUAUAUCCAGAAGCAUGAUAAUGUCAGCAUCCUGUUUGCUGACAUCGAGGGCUUCACCAGCCUGGCCUCCCAGUGUACUGCACAGGAAUUGGUCAUGACCCUUAAUGAGCUCUUCGCCCGAUUUGAUAAACUAGCUGCGGAAAAUCACUGCCUACGGAUCAAGAUCUUGGGGGACUGUUACUAUUGUGUCUCUGGAUUACCAGAGGCCCGUGCUGACCAUGCCCACUGCUGCGUGGAAAUGGGUGUGGACAUGAUCGAGGCUAUCUCGUUGGUGCGGGAGGUCACAGGUGUGAAUGUGAAUAUGCGUGUGGGUAUCCACAGUGGUCGUGUACACUGUGGUGUUCUAGGCCUUCGGAAAUGGCAGUUUGAUGUCUGGUCCAAUGAUGUUACCUUGGCAAAUCACAUGGAGGCUGGAGGCCGGGCAGGCCGGAUCCACAUUACCAGGGCUACUCUGCAAUAUCUAAAUGGUGACUAUGAAGUAGAGCCUGGCAGGGGUGGUGAGCGGAACGCCUAUCUCAAAGAGCAGCAGAUUGAGACCUUCCUGAUUCUGGGGGCCAGUCAAAAACGGAAGGAGGAAAAAGCCAUGUUGGCAAAGCUACAACGGACUCGAGCUAACUCCAAUGAGGGACUGAUGCCACGUUGGGUGCCAGAUCGUUCCUUUUCUCGAACCAAGGACUCUAAGGCUUUCCGCCAGAUGGGCAUCGAUGAUUCAAGUAAAGACAAUCGUGGUGCCCAGGAAGCCCUGAACCCAGAGGAUGAGGUGGAUGAAUUCCUGGGUCGUGCCAUUGAUGCCCGAAGUAUUGAUCAGUUGCGCAAAGACCAUGUACGUCGAUUCCUUCUCACCUUUCAGACGCCAGAACUUGAAAAGAAGUAUUCCCGGAAGGUGGAUGCCCGUUUUGGGGGUUAUGUGGCCUGCAUGCUGCUAGUCUUCUGUUUCGUCUGCUUCAUCCAGCUUUUUGUCGUCCCACAUUCAGUACUGAUGCUUGGACUCUAUAUCAGCAUCUUCCUGCUGCUGACAGUUACAGUCCUAGUUUGUGCAAUCUACUCCUGUGGCACUCUAUUCCCAAAGUUCCUGCAGCACCUCUCCCGUAGCAUCGUUUGUUCACGGGCCCACAGCACAGCAGUUGGCAUCUUUUCUGUCUUACUUGUCUUCAUCGCUGCCAUCGCCAACAUGUUUACCUGUAACCAUACUCCUAUACGGAUCUGUGCGGCUCGAAUGCUGAACCUGACACCUACAGACAUCACUGCCUGUCACCUGCAGCAUCUCAACUACUCACUUGGCUCGGAUGUCCCUCUCUGUGAGGGUACUACACCUACCUGCAGCUUUCCAGAGUAUUUCAAUGGGAGUCUGCUGUUGAGUCUCCUAGCUGGCUCUGUCUUCCUGCACAUAAGCAGCAUUGGCAAGCUGCUAUUGACACUUGUUCUGGGACUGCUAUAUCUGGCAUUGCUUCUUCUGGGGCCCCCAGCUGCUGUCUUUGACAACUAUGACCUGCUGCUUCGGGCUCAUGCACUGUCACUUGCCAAUGAAACUCUGUAUGGGCCAGACUGUACUGCAGGUGAGAAAGUGGCACUGAAGUAUAUGACACCUGUCAUCCUGUUAGUGUUUGCAUUAGCACUCUACUUGCAUGCCCAACAAGUGGAAUCAACUGCUCGACUGGACUUUCUGUGGAAAUUGCAGGCAACAGGGGAGAAAGAAGAUAUGGAAAAACUCCAGGCCUAUAACCGACGGUUACUACACAACAUCCUACCCAAGGAUGUGGCGGCACAUUUCCUAGCCCGAGAACGGCGUAAUGAUGAACUUUACUAUCAGUCUUGUGAAUGUGUGGCUGUCAUGUUUGCCUCCAUUGCAAACUUCUCUGAAUUCUAUGUGGAGUUGGAAGCCAAUAAUGAAGGCGUUGAAUGCCUACGACUGCUCAAUGAGAUUAUUGCUGACUUUGAUGAGAUCAUCAGUGAAGAACAGUUCAGGCAGCUGGAAAAGAUUAAAACAAUUGGCAGCACCUAUAUGGCAGCCUCAGGAUUGAAUGCAGCCACAUAUGAUCGGGUGGGGCGUUCCCAUAUCACUGCACUUGCUGACUAUGCCAUGCGGCUCAUGGAACAGAUGAAGCACAUCAAUGAACACUCCUUCAAUAACUUCCAGAUGAAAAUUGGGCUGAACAUUGGCCCAGUAGUGGCAGGCGUCAUUGGGGCAAGAAAGCCACAGUAUGAUAUCUGGGGCAAUACAGUGAAUGUGUCGAGCCGUAUGGACAGCACAGGAAUCCCUGACCGAAUCCAAGUGACCACUGACCUGUACCAGGUUCUAGCUGCCAAGGGCUACCAGUUGGAGUGUCGAGGGGUGGUCAAGGUGAAGGACUGCUCCUACAGGACCUCUUCUUCUUGCUGCCCCAAUUCAGCCAGGGAGUGGCUGGAGGUUUGGAUAUGGUGUUGUGAAAUGGGCCCAAGCUAGAUUUUGAAAGGAUGAUGUCACAGAGGUGAGCAACUAUGUAUGCUAUUCUCAAGUGCCAAAGAGAGUGGUUCAGGGGACAGAUUUUUCCCUGUGCCUUUUCUGCUUAUGUAGGGGUUCAUUGGUGGGAAAAGGAGUGUCAGGGUAUAUUUUUCCAUCUUGCCCAGUUCUUCCUAGUUGAGCACCCAAAUAGAAUAAUAGGUAAUAAAGAUAGGGACAAAUUUUAAAUGUUUAGGGUGUGGUAGGGGGCAGUCCUUGCCCCCAACUCCAAAUGUGCACAUUUUGGGGACCAAAGAGGGGGGUGUGUGCUGGUGUCACCUGGUCUUCGACAGGCUACCCAAGGAUCUUUCUACAUUAUGUAUCUGAUUUCUUAAGAGUAAGAUAGUUCCCUCAUCCUAAGAGACUGGGAAGGAGUGGUUUAGUGUUAGCAGCAGCCGCAAACUCAGCCCUUGUGGAAAGGGAAAGCUGUGGAUUAGAUAUCUAUAUUUUGUGCCAAAUCCCAAAGUGCCAUUUGUAUGGAGCCUACAUGUGCCUCAUUACUAUUUCCCUGCCCUGGUGAAGAGGGACUGUCUCCCUAAGUUCCUUUUCCCAUUAAAUCUGACUUCUUUCAAGUAUGAUGGGCAGAGGCUCAGGAAUUUUAGGAGUGCCCCUAUUUUGGUCUUUGGAAACUUUAUGCCUUCAAGGGUAGGGAGGAAUGGAAACUCAAAUACUAGUACUGGGGACCUUGAGGGUUACCCUAAACUCAACCUUUCCCACCUUUUGGAUUUUGGGUUCCAGGUUUGCCUGGUCCUCUCCCUUUCCUGCUACAAGAUCUAAAAGGACUGCUAGGAGAAGAGAAGGUUAGAAGUCAUAAUUGUGUUUUUCUUCCUGCUUCCCUCAUCUUCUCUCCCUAUCUUUCUGCCUCUGACCUUGCUAGUCAGUGCCUUGGUUUUUCUAUCCGAACCCUUCAAAUACCAUAUAUGGUAACUGCAAAGUAAAAGAUGAAGGUCCUUUGGAUAGUCAGAAAUUAGGGAGCAAGAGAAGUCUUCAUGCUGUUUUGUUCCAAGCUAUUUUGUUAGCCUCAUUUUAGUACUACUUGUGCCUCCUUUUCAGAUACCUUACUCUGGGCAGAUUUAGGUAUCUGUAUCUAGACUUGGGUACUUUUCCCCCCCGACUCAAAUUUUGCUGAUUGGCAGGCCCAAUAGAAAUUACAACAGUCCCAUGAGAAGAGAGGAAAUGUGGCAUAAUGGAAAGAGAAUUGGCCUAUAAGUCAGGAAGGCUUGAAUUGAAUCCUAAUUCAAGUCCCAUAUGACGCUUUUAUGAACCUGGGCAGGUGAGUUCACAAUUGUCAGUACUUCCAGGCAACUCUCUUACAGUCUUAAGCAGCAGAGCAGUGUUGAUUACCUUAGGAGAGGGAGUUUCCUUGUUGGAAUUUCCCCAUAUCUAUGAACAAUCAUGGAUACACUACAAAAAAUGUCAAAAGGGAGUUCCUAUAAUUGGAAACCAUGUGGGAUUGGGUGGGAUAAGAGAGUGUCUGUGGUCAAAUGUUCCCAACCUAGAAAUCUAGGCAGAGUAGGGGAACUCUGAGGGGACCCAGCUGUCCCUAUUUAUUGUCCAGGGAUUGAUUGGGGGGGUCCACCUGUUCCUGAUACCCCUAAUGCUAGUGGUCCCCUUUUCCCUUUGUGCCAUCUCCCUGCCUUCUAUUUCAAAGAGAGGUUUGAGGGGGGAAAGGUAGAGGACGUUGGGGUUUGAUUUUUGUAAUUUAACCACUGUGGGGAGCAGGGAUGGGGAGGAUAAUAUAACAUGUAUUUUAAUAAAAUAUUUAAUAUAUUUAAAUGUCAAUAAAAUUAAACUUUGUAAA